CCUGGCGACGCUGGGUCUCUCGCCUGAGCGUGUCUUCGAAAUAAAGAAUACGCCGGUCCUCGAUCUAAGCGUUGCUUCACGCAUCGUCGCCUGCUGGCCGAGCUUCGCGCCCUAGACAUUUUACCUUUUGCGCGACUGCUGUCAUACACUGCCUUUCAAACUCGGGUUCUACGCCUGUGCCACCAGAGUCCCUACCAACCACUGCCUGGGUACUUGACGACGUCGACCCAUUACGUGGGCAGCAGUGAAGAACGGUUUUGAUGGACCGAGGUGUACCAGAAUACGCGCAGUCAGAUCACUCGUCUGUCGCGACAUACAGCACGCAAGACCCGCGUUCUGCGCCCAUUUCCAACACCACCACCCCGCAGUCGGAUUACGGCCUGACACCGUCGUCGGCACGCUCGUCAGGGUUUCCAGCAGACCACUUGCGAUACAGCCAGUACUCCCACGCGCCGCCGCAUUCAGGCGCUGUAGGAACCAUGGCACAGCCAACAAGUCCGUCAUCAUCCCUACCAGAUGGAGCACCUAAUGGCAAUCCAACUGCAAACUCGCAUCAUGUGAGGUCUAACUCGGACGUUCCUAUAGAUCCCUCGAUUUCGCAAGCUAGCCCGACUUAUCCUCCAUAUUCACCCUACCCUCAAGGCCAAGACAUGCAACACGCCUACCAGCAGCAGCCCCAGCACCCUCCCUACAUGCAGCGACCACCACAUGAGCAAUGGGGUGGCUAUCCGCCGCAACACCAAAUGCCUGCCCCCUACCCGCAUCCCGGUCCCGGAGUCCAAGGCCCGCCUCAAGCCUCGGCCCAACGUACUGGUCAGGUCUACUCCUUUGUCCCAAUCCCUGGUGCCCAGCAGCACAAGCGGCCGCGCCGACGAUACGAAGAAAUCGAGCGAAUGUACAAAUGUGGCUGGAAUGGUUGUGAAAAAGCAUAUGGGACACUGAAUCACUUGAAUGCACAUGUUACAAUGCAGUCGCAUGGAACAAAAAGAACACCAGAAGAGUUCAAGGAGAUUCGAAAGGAGUGGAAAGCUCGCAAGAAGGAGGAUGACAAUGCCCGAAAAGCAGAAGAAGAACGACAACGACAAGCGGCGCAAGCUAAUCAAGUUGACGGGCCACCAGGAGAAGCGCAUCAAGUACCACCACAAGGCUACCAGCAGAACGGCGCCCGACCCUCGCUUCCACCUAUCGGCUAUCAGGCGGCAGAAGGACAUGCUCAGGGACAAUACGGACAGCCUCAAGGUGCCAUGGUCUACCCGCAAGGCAAUGGUCAGAUGGGCAGUUAUGCCAACUACCCCAACUCACCUUAUGCGCAACAAGGGCAGGUCUACGCCCAGCGACAGUACUAGCCGUGGUGGAAUAGACGUCAUGACUUGUAGCGCGACAGUGGCCCAGCUAGGGUCGUGCGUUGUUUGGAUGCAUUUGUGCGGUGCAACAUGAUUAACAGAUACCCUAGGUGGGAGUGGAGGAGAUAAUGGGGAGCACAACGGCAAGUCUCAAAAAAGAAAUCCGGGUCAU